AUGAUGCCUUUACCAAAUCGCGAACAAUUUGCUGGAUCCACAGAGAGUUAUGCUUGCUCGAACUGGAGUUGGAAUUGCUAUGUUCGAAGUGACACAGUAUCUUCAAUUACCUGCAUUUACCUCCAACUGCCAUCAACGUUCGCAGCGUGUACAUCGCCGAUGUUUUUACUUGCAGCUGCCCUCGACCGAAGGCUCUGUCUUAUGCGAUUUUACAACGCUAUGUUAGCAUCCUAUUCGAAACGCUACCUCGCUGCACAGAUUCUGCCACCAUGUAUAAUAGGGAUUGCACUGGACGUGGCUGUUUUGAUAAAUCUGAAGGCUGAACAACAGGUCAUAUGCAGUUUGGCAACACCUAUGAUGGGACCGAUUAGCAGCGUGUACACUAAAGCAGUCAUGAUAGUAUGCAUGAUCAUUAUACUGUCCAAUGCGUCCUUUAUACUCUUUUUAAGGAAACUACGAAUGAGUAGCGAAACGGCAAAGAAUGCUCAUCGGUCCGUAUUCCUUAUUUGUAUGACUGUUGUGCUUGGUUACUUCAGCGCAAUGGUCAUUUUUAAUAUGAGAGAAUUGCUGAAUCUAGAUGUUGAUUUGCUAAACUGGAGUACAUUUGCUGGACUAUUUGCUUAUGUAUCAUUUUCUGUCAACUUCUUCGUCUACUAUACCAUCAGCAAGGAAUAUCGUGCUGCAUUUGACGAGCUUCUCGGAAUCGGACACAUCAAGGCUUUCUUCUGCCGUAAGAAGAAAAUCGGUGAUCAGCAACUUCCUAAUUUGCCAAGUACAAGUCGGAACAACAUUGUAGCGAUAACGGUAACUCACGGAAAUUGA